CUUCCUUCCUUUCCCGCCGAAGAAGGUAAACAAAUGGACGCGGCGACGCUUCGCGGACAAAACAUGAAACAUGCGAAGGCGCCGCGCGGCGUGGAGACGUUUCGAUGCCAGGGAACAAGAGACGGUACAGUGUUCGCUUCCCGCCGGGUCGCAUCAAAAAGAUCAUGCAGAAGAACGCUGAGGUGGGGAGGAUGGCCAUGGCGGUGCCUGUCAUCAUCUGUAUCCUUUUCACCGUGUUUCAGUAUUUGUUUCCACGGACUAGAAAUAAGUGUGAGACAUGCCGAGGUGUGCCUGGUCCUGAACCUGCGAGGUCAGCACGGGUCCUAGAGAUGUUCCUGAAGUCUCUGCUCACUCAAGCGUGUUCGAUCACAGAGUCCAAGUGCAGCAGCGUGGUGUCCGUGGCGCACAUGAAACAGUGUAUCGAGUCGGAGAAGCUCUUCCACUUCCUCAAAGACCUGGCGGAGCGAGCCUCGUUCCCGACGACACAGGAGGACAACAGAGGACUACACGUGCGGCCGGUUUACAGGAGUCGGAGCUCUUCAUCUGCCUGUGAGACCACACAAUGGCAUCCUUCCCUUUCGGACAACAUGAAGGGAAGUGUUACUUCAGUUGGGGAACGUACAGCAGCCUUUUGAGUUUUGUUUAAGUGCAGAGUAACACUUACUUUUUUUCAAAGUACAUUUUCUUUCGUGGGUUCUUUGAGCGUGUUUCGAACCUACGGAGCUUUGUUUCAUGCUGCCGCACGUUGAAAGAGCGAACCUCUGCGUGCGGAUGAAAAGCGAGUUCCUGCGGUUCGAGAAAAGAAUAAAAAGAAGAGCAGCGCAUGCGGUGAUGUCUUUUAUUCCAAUAAAGGUGACUUUUUACACGGGGAUAUAAAUAGGAGCGCUAAAACCUAGAGAAGAAACAUUUGUGCAGGACGCGGGGGAGGAGCUUGGCGAGAUGUUUGCAUGAAAAGGCGGAUGCGCAGGUGCUGUCGUGCAUACAUCGGCGCUACAGUUGCA